CAUGUCGCUGCAUACUACGGCCGAGCCGACAUUGCGCACGUCCUUAUCCAGCACGGCGCAGCUGUCGACAUACAGGAAAAGCGCGGGUGGACACCACCGCAUGACGCCGCACAACAAGGCCAUGGAGACCCGGAGUGCCGGAAAGGAAGGACCCCACUGUUCAAUACAGCCUCGAACGGGCACGUCGAAGUUGCCCGCGUUCUCCUCGAGAACGGCGCAGACAUCACAGUCAUGGACACCGACGGAUUACGUGCACUGGACCACGCGGAGGCGAAGGGACAUACUGAGGUCGUGCGUCUGCUUCUCGACCGCGACGCCGGCAUCCAUGCAGAGAACCCGCCCCAUGGCGAACCCGCGGCCCCCGGCGUGCACGAGCAUCGUGAGUAG